GUCCCCCGCGGGCCGAGGCAUCCAUUCACCCACCCCCUAUUUAUACAGGUCGCCGUCCUCCCCGUGAUGCUCCACCCGAGCCACCCAGCCAUCAAACCCCAGAAGCUUUCCCUCCCCAUCCGCCGAGUGUUGCCCUCAGCAGCAAGCGGACCAGAGAGAUGGGGUCCCGCUACGAGGUGGAGGUGACGGUGGGCUCGGCCCGGGACCUCAAGAACGUCAACUGGCGCCACGGCGACCUCCGGCCCUACGCCGUCGCCUGGGUCGACUCCGGCGCCCGCUGCUCCACCCGCGUCGACCUCGACGGCGGCGAGAGCCCCGCCUGGGACGAGAAGGUCCUCGUCCCGCUCCCGCCGGCCUCCCGCCUCGACGACGCCGUGCUCCACGUCGACGUCGUCCACGCCAACGCCGACGAGGGCGUCAAGCCGCUCGUCGGCUCCGCGCGCCUCCCGCUCCGCGACGUCCUCGACGAGGCCGGCCUCGGCGGCAAGGCCGCGCGGACCCUCCGCCUCAAGCGGCCCUCGGGGCGGCCCCAGGGCCGCCUCGACGUCCGCGUCGCCGUCAAGGAGCCCGCCAGGUACUACGACCCCUACCCGGCGCCCGGGGGCUACGCGCAGACGGGCACACGCGACCCCUACGGCCCCGGCGCCGGCGGGUACUACGGUGGCUCCGCCGGCGCCGGCGCCGGCUACGGCGGGGGCUACGGCCCGGGCGCCGCGUACGGCUCGGCCGGCUACGGCGCCGCGCAGCCUUACGCCGCGGCGCCGCCCGCGGGGUACCCUGCGGCCUACGGCUCCGCGCCGCCGCCCCCGCAGCCGGCGUACGGCGCUCCCUCGGCUGCCUACGACGCCGCGGCACCCGCGUACGGCGCUGCGCCUGCCGCCGUCGCUGCCGACGGCAAGAAGAAGGACAGCAAGAUGGGGAUGGGGACAGGGCUGGCCGUGGGCGCGGCCGCGGGCGUGCUCGGCGGGCUCGCGCUGGCCGGCGGGGCGAGCUACCUGGAGAACAAGUUGGAGGAGCGCGUGGCGGAGAGGGUGGAGGACAACCUGGAGAGGGAGGACUCGUACGGCGGCGGCUACGGGGGCGGCUACGACGACUUCGGCGGCGACGACGACUACUGAUCGGAUCGGAUCGGUCCCGAUCAUCUGGCCGGCGGCUAUGCUUACCAUCCAUCUUAGUUUCCUAGAAAUGUCUGGAUCGGCAAAAACAAACCUUGUCCUUGCAUUUUCUUUCCUCCGUUCUGUUCUUCCAUGUUGGCAUUGUUGUUCUGUUAUUUGAGACUUGAGAUUAUUCUCCGUGUUGAGCUUGAGCACCGAAAGCGAAAUGAAUCAUUCGGCCGCGCGUGAUCAGAGCGUAGCUGGAAAUCUUUCUGGACUCA